AUGCUAGUCCCUUCGCAGAGAACGAAAAUCCCCCAGCCACCUGAAGACCUCCAGGGAAAGGUGAGAAUUCGCGGGCAACAGGCUGGGACGGAGCGUACGACCUCGCCCCGCUCCUUCCAAACGGGGACAAGACCGGGUAAGGCAGCCGGUGGCUCUCUCACCCACGGCCACAGACACUCAGGGGACAAAAAUCUCACCCCACCUCUCCCCUCCCUAAAACCGGAGCAAACGACGCAAAAAGCUCGACCACCCGGCGGCCGGGACCCCCCAGACUGUCAGAACCGAGGCCGCCCGCCCCCGCCGGCGCCCGGCAACCCCGCGCCCUCCUCCCCGGACCCCGUGUCCCCACAGCCCGGUCGGGCCAUAAGAGCGCAAAGGACGCCUCGGCCGCCCGCCUCCGCCGCCUCCCGGGCGCCACGACGCCCCACACCCCACACGCCGCCCGCACCUGAGGCGCGGCCGGACCGCGAGCGGGCGCCGAGCGCGCCGGGCAGGGCAAAGUUACUCACCGGGAGAGCCCGGCUCCCGCGCCUCAGCCGAGCGUCGGCUCCGCUUCCGCGGCCCCGAUUUCCUGGCAAGAAGCAAACUCUAGUCAAGACUUCGCUCCUCAACCGCCCCUGCUGCCUUCCCGCGGGCGAACGCCAGGGCCGAGCCACGCAAGCCGACACGCACCCUGGCCAAUUGGCAGCAGCACAGGGCGGGGAGGGGGCGGGCCAGAGGGCGGCUCCACCUAUCCGAGAGCGCGAGGGGCGGGCCGGGCCCGGGCCGUCACUCCGGGUUAGAGUGAGCCCGCUCAGCCCCCCCGCCGCGCGCCCUCCCUCCCCCACCCCCCCCAGCCGUCCCCUCCGGUGUCCGCCUUGA